AUGGGCUUCGAAGAGCUGCUGUGUCAGGUGGGUGGCUUUGGGCCCUUCCAACUGCGGAAUCUGGUCCUGCUGGCCCUGCCCCGAGUGCUGAUCCCCAUGCACUUUCUCCUGCCCAUCUUCAUGGCUGCCGUGCCUACCCACCAUUGUGCCCUGCCUGAUGCCCCAGCCAACCUCAGUCAGCAGGACUUGUGGCUGAAAGCCCAUCUACCCCUGGAGAAUGACGGCAGCUUUAGCUCCUGCCUCCGCUUUGCCUAUCCCCAGGCUCUCCCCAACGUCACCUUGGGGACAGAGGUGUACGACUCUGGGGAGCCUGAGGGGGAACCCCUCACAGUGCCCUGCUCUCAGGGCUGGGAGUACGACCACUCAGAAUUCUCCUCCACCAUUGCAACUGAGUGGGAUCUGGUGUGUCAGCAGAGAGGCCUGAACAAAAUGACAUCCACCUGCUUCUUCAUCGGUGUGCUGGUCGGGGCUGUGGUGUAUGGAUACUUGUCUGACAGGUUUGGCCGGCGCCGGCUUCUGCUGGUGGCCUACGUGAGCUCACUGGCUCUGGGUCUGGCGUCUGCAGCCUCGGUCAGCUACGUCAUGUUUGUCAUCACCCGCACGCUCACCGGCUUAGCCCUGGCUGGUUUCACCAUCAUCGUGCUACCUCUGGAGUUAGAGUGGCUGGAUGUGGAACACCGCACUGUGGCUGGGGUCAUUAGCACCAUCUUCUGGACAGGAGGGGUGCUACUGCUGGCCCUGGUUGGGUACCUGAUACGGAGCUGGCGGUGGCUCCUGCUGGCUGCCACCCUGCCCUGUGUCCCAGGCAUCAUCAGCAUCUGGUGGGUACCUGAGUCUGCACGAUGGCUUCUAACCCAGGGUCGUGUGGAGGAGGCAAGAAAGUACCUGUCCAGCUGUGCCAAGCUCAAUGGGCGGCCCGUGGGUGAGGACAGCCUGAGCCAGGAGUGCAAGAGAGCCCUGAACAAAGUGGUCACCAUGGAAAGGGUGUCGAAAAGACCCUCAUACUUAGACCUGUUCCGGACAUCGCAGCUCCGACGUAUCUCACUGUGCUGCAUGGUGAUGUGGUUUGGAGUGAACUUUUCCUACUAUGGCCUGACUCUGGACGUGUCAGAGCUGGGGCUGAACGUGUACCAGACACAGCUGCUGUUCGGGGCUGUGGAGCUGCCCUCCAAACUUUUGGUCUAUUUCCUUGUGCAUCAUGUGGGACGCCGGCUCACGCAGGCUGGGACGCUGCUGGGCACUGCUCUGACCUUUGGCAUCAGCCUGCUGGUAUUCUCAGAGACCAAGUCCUGGAUUACCGCUCUGGUGGUGAUGGGGAAAGCCUUUUCUGAAGCUGCCUUUACCACAGCUUACCUGUUCACGUCCGAGUUGUACCCCACUGUGCUCAGACAGACAGGAUUGGGAGCCACUUCGCUCAUGGGCCGGCUAGGGGCCUCUCUGGCCCCACUGGCGGCCUUGCUGGAUGGAGUGUGGCUGCUGCUGCCCAAACUUGCUUACGGGGGGAUUGCCCUGCUGGCCGCCUGCACUGCCCUCCUGCUGCCUGAGACGAAGAUGGCCCAGCUGCCAGAGACCAUCCACGAUGUGGAACGAAAAAGUAUUCAGGAUGAAGAUACACAGGUCCAGGACUGA